AUGAGCCAGGAAAAUCACCAGCAUUAUCAGAAAACUGCAGCGAUAACAGCGGCAUCCACGUCCACGUCCACGUCCACACAGCAACAGCAACAGCAACAGCAACAGCAACAGCCCUCCGAGAAUAGCAACAACAACAAUACCACAUACCGACCCCGCUCUCCAGAUCUGUCGGCUUUUAUCUUACCUCCUCAGCAGCUGCAACAGCAGCAACAACCUGUUUUCCAUCCAAGCUAUCAAGAUUCUUCCUCUUCUUGGCAGCAUCAACGGCAAGGAAGUAGUGGUCCGGCUUUGACGGGUUUACCGGCUGGUAGCGGAUCAUAUCCGCCUGUGACGCAUAGGGGAAGUUACGACGCCAGUCCGUAUUUUAGUCCUCAGGGAAGCUUUUCUCUUGGUCAGGGACAGAGUCAAAUUCCAGGGCAGACAGGUUAUCUCAUUGGUGGCACAGGGGCUGGUGGGCAGCAGCAAGGCCAGGUGCAGAGGAGGGAGACGGUUGGAUACGGGACGGCGAGUGCAAGUGCGGCUGUAGGGGAGUAUUCGAGGUUGACGCAAUCGCCCACUGCUACUGCUGGUGGUGAGAGGGUUGGUCCCGGACACAGCCAGACCCUGCAACAGCAAAGCUUUUGGCAAACCCCGGCCUCCGGCUUCACCGCUCCUACUCACGAACAACCGGUCGGGUCGGUUCCAUCUUCACUUUUACAACUCACACAACAGCCACCACAACAGCCACAGCACAAUAUGCCGCCAUCAAGGAGAAAACGAGGUCAGACAGACGACAAUGAUGAUAGUGGUGAUGUUGAUUAUGCACCCGAGUCCUCGUCAGUAGGAGGGGCUGGUGGCAAGUCCUCAAGGAAAAGGAAGUCCGACAACGAUCAAGCAUGGACGUCAGGGAGAGCACCAGGUGAGGUCGGACCGUCCCUGGGGAUCGAUAUCAAGACCAAGUUCCCGGUCGCCAGGAUAAAGAGAAUCAUGCAGGCGGAUGAAGAUGUGGGCAAGGUGGCGCAGGCUACACCUACCGCUGUUUCGAAAGCACUCGAAUUGUUCAUGAUCGCACUUGUGACCAAGGCAGCAGCAGAGGCCAGAGAUCGAUCCAGCAAGAGAGUGACAGCGGCCCAUCUCAAACAGGCGGUAAUCAAGGAUCAGACCUUUGACUUUUUACAAGAGAUCAUCGAGAAGGUGCCGGAUCCGACAGAGAAGAAAGGUGGUGGCAGUGGUAGAGCGGCUUCGGAAGAUGUUGACGAUGGGGGCGGAGGGCCAGCCAAGAGGAAACGGGCAGCGAGAGGGAAGAAGAAGGUUGACAGUGACGAAGAUUAA